CAAAAAUUCUUCGUGAUUCUCUACUUACUAUUUAUUUUAUACAUAACACGUUUGUGUAUAAAAUAUGGCGGACUCUGCAGGAAAUUGGUGUCUCAUUGAGAGCGAUCCUGGCGUUUUUACCGAAUUGAUUAAAGAAUUUGGUGUCAAAGGUGCACAAGUGGAAGAAUUAUGGAGUUUGGAUAAUGAACAAUUUAAUGAAUUGAAGCCUAUUCAUGGUUUAAUAUUUUUAUUCAAAUGGGUACAAGACGAUGAAUUAUCAGGGACUAUUGUGCAAGACAGUAGAUUGGACAAAAUAUUCUUUGCAAAGCAGGUCAUAAACAACGCCUGUGCGACGCAAGCAAUAUUGAGCGUUUUAUUAAAUUGUAAGCAUGCAGAUAUAUCUCUAGGACCAAACUUAGAAGAAUUUAAGAAUUUUUGCCAAAGCUUUGAUGCAAAUAUGCGUGGACUUGCACUUAGUAAUUCUGAUGUUAUAAGGGAAGUGCAUAACUCUUUCUCCAGACAAAACUUAUUCGAAUACGACUCAAAGCAGGCGUCUAAAGAUGACGAUGUGUUUCAUUUUGUAAGUUAUGUUCCAAUCGAUGGCCGUUUAUAUGAAUUAGAUGGCUUGAAAGAUGGGCCGAUUGAUUUGGGUGUAUGCCCAGUAGGGGAACAAUGGGUACAAGCUGUGAAACCAAUAAUUCAAAAGCGGAUAAACAAGUAUAAUGAAGGUGAAAUUCAUUUCAAUCUAAUGGCUAUAGUGACAGACAGAAAAAUUUUAUAUGAAAGACAAAAGGCCAAUGUUUGCGAUCCUGAAGAAUUAGAACGUCUGCAAGCUCUAAUCGAAGAAGAGAUCAGAAAGUCAAAAAGAUAUCAAAUAGAAAAUAUUAGAAGAAAGCAUAAUUAUUUACCGCUUAUUAUGGAACUUUUGAAGAUUCUUGCUAAAGAAGGCAAACUUGUUCCUUUGUAUCAGAAAGCAAAGGAGAAAGCACUUGAUAAAGAGUCAAAGAAAAGUAAGGUUUAAAUUUAGACUAAACCAGGAGAAAGAUUUAAAGUUGAAAUAAUUGAUAUUUGUGUAUCGUGUAUAGCAGAAAUAAAAAGAAUUUAUUGUAACAACUUAAAAAUAAAUUGCUUAUUCACACUUAA